GAGGAGAGGAGAGAAGGAAUGUCUGAGCUGAGGGAUUGUGUUUGGUUAUGGAGGGAGGAGUGAUUCUGUUGGGAAAUAAGUCUCUCAGGAGGAGGUGUGACUGCGUUAGUCAGCAGACGCGGAGCAGCUCUGGUGUGUGUGUGGAUGAGCUCCUCCCAAACAGGAUUCUUCUCAGCCAGGGAAACGUGUGUGAGGACAGAGCUGAUCUGAGGUCCUGAGUUGUUUUGGGUUCUUCUGAUUCAAACUCCUGCCGGCUGGAGUCUGGUACGAGGUUCUGCUGGUUGAGUCUGUGGAUUCAGACGGGAUCUUCACCUGAUCUGACUCCCGACCGGCUGUUGACAGGGUGACUGACUAACCAGAAACAUCAGGAUGAGCGGAGCGGCAGAUGUGGUGUGUGAAGGAUGGCUGAGGAAAUCCCCACCAGAGAAGAAGCUACGGAGAUACGCGUGGAAAAGGCGCUGGUUUGUUCUGAGGAGCGGUCGACUCAGUGGAGAACCCGACGUUCUGCAGUACUACAAGAACCAGAAUUCCCGUCGGCCAAUUGGGACCAUCAAUCUGAAUCUGUGUGAACAGGUGGACGCCGGUUUGUCUUUCACAAAGAAAGAGCUGGAGAGCAGCUUCGUGUUUGACCUGAGGACGGAGGAGAGGACCUGGUACCUGGUGGCCGAGUCCGAGGAGGACAUGAACCGCUGGGUGACGUCCAUCUGCCUCCUCUGUGGAUUCAACCCAACGGAUGACGAAAGACGUUUGAGCUCCGCCUCCACAUGCGUGACCACAACCAGUGGUACCCCCUCUAUCUCUAUGGUGACCGGGUCUGUCCCGCCUCCGUAUGACCCGGUGGGCGUGCGUCACCUGGAGCACGACAGCAGCACGGAGGAAGACUACCUGUGGUUGUCAAACUGCCAGAGUCACAUGGGGCCUCCUUUGGGUUCUUUCACCUCCCUGGAAACUGAUUACAACGACAACAUCUUCCCUCAUCCUUCAGCCACCUCCACCUCCUCUUCCUCCUCCUCCUCUCCGUCCCUCCCUCCCAACAGCCUCCCCCCUCCAUCCUCCAGCGUCAGGACAGCCCCCUGGACUCUAUCUGCAAUGACGAGCCCCCUCAGCCAAUCGCUGGACGCCAGCAUGACCUCUGACUUCCACAAACAGGCCGGCAGGCCUCACUGUCACCCCUCUCCUCAUCCCAGAAAACACUCUCUAGAUUUCCACCUGCGUCCUGUGGCCACCUCGCUCAGAGAGGACACACAUGUGGGCGGGGACCUCUCGUUCGCAAAUAGCGGUUAUCAGGUCCCCCGUCCAGCGUCAGCCUCCACACCUCAGCAGCUUCCUCCUCGCCGGCCAUCAUCAACGCCCAGUGUAGACUCCCUCAUACCAGCAGAGCUCCACGCUUCCAUCCCAGCGCCCCCUCCUCGGCCACCCAAGCCCCCUCCCAGUGCCACUCAUGGAGAAAGCUCGGGACCUGCUACGUUACCCAGAGCCAACUCGGAGCCAGAGAGGAGAGAGGGACGCACAAACAGAGGACAUCAAACCAAAGGCUCCUGGCACAUUCCUCUGUCUCGGUCAGACAGAGCCAGCAUGUUUGAGUUCAGCGAAAGUUUCAACAGCUACUUUUUUAAUAAAGGCAUGGUACCCCUGGGCAGCGUUUGCUCUGAAGACGAUGACGUAGAAGAAAGCUACGUUCCGAUGAGCGCCGCUGCCACCGAGCCUCCGCCAGCAUCAAGGGUUCUUCCUGUUCCUCCUCCAGACCAUUCUGCCCAGAUUCAAGAUGGCAACUACGUCCCCAUGACCCCCUUGAGCUCCUCCUCCUCCCUUCCGGCUAAUCCCAUUUCUACCACAAGCGACUUGGAAAUUCUGGGGAGGCAGGUUCCCCCACCUGCCCACAUGGGUUUCCGUAAUUCCUCGUGGACACCGGUCAUUCCCUCGACCCCGCCUCUCCGAAGGAAUGCUGUGAACAGCAGUAGAGGUGAGGGCGAAGUCGUCCCGCCUCCGAUCCUCCGCAACCUGAAACCCCAGUGGAAAGGAGUUUGUAUCAAUCAGACGAACAAAAGCCACAGCCAGACUCCCGGAGAGCUGACGCAAAAAGUCAAAGUGAAACCAGCUCCUCUGGAAAUCACGCCGAUGUCCCAGGACUGGCAGGAAGUCCCGCCCCCUGUACGCUCACCUAUCACUCAAACCUUCACACGAGGUCCGUCCAGUCAUUGGUCAGUCAGACCAAGCUCGGCCCAAAGCUCCUCUCUCUCUUCUGAUUCUGAUGACCCUGAUGAAAACUAUGUCACCAUGACGACAUCCAACCUCAGCUUUAGCGCCGAGGAGCCGUCUCUCAGGCUUAUGCUCCACCGAGUGUCUGAAGGUGGGGUUGGCAGCCCACUGGUACAACGAGCCAAAGCUGAAAAACAAGUGGAAUACCUGGACCUGGACCUCCACACGGGACGAUCAACACCAAUGAGACAG